AUGGCUAACGAGUGUAACGUUAGCUUAAAAGCGUAUUUUCCAAACCAAAAUAAAAAGAAAAGGAUGCACGAUCCAACGAAUGUCUUCAGUGUCAUUCCGUCAUGGAACAGAGAGUUUGUGUGCCUGAUUGGUCUGGAAGAGGUGGUCCUGUUUCGUUUUGAGAGGCUGGACAAGACUGUAUUCACUGCACCUAACAAACAUAGAACCAGGGGGAGGCCGAAGAAGAUUCCUAUACCCGCUGUUGUGCCAGCAACUCUUCCCAAAGAUCCAUACACCUGUGUGAAGUGCAACACCGAUGUCUCUUGUUCAUGGAAAUUUGAUGUGAACUGUUCCAUCCUGUGUCAUUCUUGUGUUAAGUGCAGUUGGAGGAAAUAUCACUGGCUCUCCAGUGGACCAACAGAGACCAUUAUCAAAUCAAAUUCUAACAACUCUUCCAUUCUCACCUCAUCCAGUAAUGCUGUGUGGAAUGAGCCCCAGUCUUUGAAAGAAACAGCCUUCCCUUUGCAACAUUCCUCUCGUUCAAUCCCUCAAGAGUGUGAUCAGCAGGUCCUCAAGAACUCCUUAUCUUCCUCUUCCAAUUUUCACCCUGAUUCACCUUCCUGCUUGUGCUCUCCUCUUUCCUCAGAUCUUUCCUCCUCCCCGCCUGACUAUUGCUCUGAUACAUCGCAUUGGUCCUCAUCCAUUUCCUCAGAUCACUGCUUCUCUUCUGAUUCCUCAUCUUCCUGUGGUCUGUCCUCCUGUGGUCUUUGUAAUGGCUCUUCAUCUUCGUGUCUCCCCUCUUCCUCAGAUCUUAGCUCCUCUUCUUCAUCCAUGACCCCAUCAGCUUCUGGUUCUCCACCAAAAAAUUCAAGUAAAUGGGUCUUGCAGAAGGUUAAAACGCCUUACUGGAUGGAGACUCCACUUGCCAGGGCUUUAUUUAAAGAUGACAAGGCUGAGAAAAAAAAGGAGAAAGAGAAGGAAGAACAAUUGACAAAGUCAAAAUGCAAAGAAGAGAAGACUGGGAAGAUGGCCGCCUUAAGUGUACCUUCAUUGUCAUCAAAUCAGCAGAUCCUGCCAAAGACUCGAUCUGCACUCCCUGACUCAGAACAGUCAUCGUCACCAUUGCUCAGGUUCAGCUCCUACACGCGCAUCCUUCUUAUCCCAAACUAUGUUGUCCAGCAACCAGGGAAAGACCAAACCUCAGGAGAAGUGGGAAGCAGCUCCAAAUCAGAAGCCAAAAACCUCCAUGGGGUCUCAUGGCAGCCAUCCAUCCUGCUCUUAGUCUUCUUCUUCUUCUUCUUCAUUGGCCAAACUGAGAAAGUGAACCAGCAGGUUCUGGUGUCACCGAAUAUGAAAAUUUACACUACAAAGAUCAGGUCAACUCCUAAUGGGAAGCCUUGUGACCCCAAGUGA